AUGCCAGGCCCGACGUGCCAGUGCCAAGUGAGGCCCUGUGGAGGGCUGAGUGGAGGGCUUUGGCCUGGCGGCCCGUCUGGCUCCGGGACUUUGGGUGUGGGUGUCCUCCAUAGGUGUGCUGGUCUUCAGGGGGGGUGUGGCGUUUUCUCCCGCCACGGGGGUUCUGCCCAGGGGUCCAAUUGGUACAGUUUCCACGUGAGUGGCCCCCAGAGUCAGCCGUUGUGCAUAAGGUGUCCGCCAACUGCAGCGCUACCAGGCCAGGCCACUGGGGCCGGAAGUCUGAGGAACCAGCCUAGGGUUAGGGUUAGGCCGACAGGGCACGGCAGGCCCGAUCUGUCCGCGCUGACGUGGCCUCUUCCUAUCGCCGAGUGGAGGGCUCGUGUCUGCAGGAUCGUCUGA